AUGGCACCCAAACAACGAAACGCCGCGGCCGCGUCCCCAGCAGCCGCACCCGCACGCACACCAGCAACCACCACCACCCCUAUCACCAACACAACAACAACAACCACCACCACCCCCACAACCCCCGCCUCCCUCAAAGCCAACGCCGCCGGCGUCGUAGGAAACGGCGGCGCACAGACCUGGGACCGGAUCGCGCAGAACCUGGUGGCGCACUACACGGCGUCGACGCCGCAGCGCACGAAGCUGCUGGACGCUUUUUUGGCGUUCUUGGUGACGGUCGGCGGGCUGCAGUUUGCGUAUUGCGUUUUGGCGGGGAACUAUCCGUUUAAUGCGUUCUUGUCAGGGUUUUCGGCGACGGUGGGGCAGUUUGUUUUGACGGCUUCGUUGAGGAUCCAGACGACUGAGGCGAACAAGGGGGAUUUCCCUGCCGUGUCGCCCGAGCGCGCCUUUGCCGACUACGUCGUGUGCAGUCUCAUCCUGCACUUUUUCUGUGUCAACUUCAUCAACUAG